AUGACCAACAGAUUACAGGGAAGAAAAGAUAUGACGUUAUGGCUAUCGCCCUCCCGCGAAGUAGUCUCGGCAACAAGCAACACAGUCGUUGAAAGACCAACCAAGAGGAGGAAGCCGCAUCGCAAGUCCCGCCAUGGUUGUCUCAACUGCAAGCGACGCAAAGUAAAGUGUGACGAGAAUGGUCCAACGUGUUCGCGAUGCAUCGCUUUCGGUAUAACUUGCGUCUACAAAUCCAUCAAUCCGCCAUUAGCAAGUCCGGACCAACCGUCGUCUUACAAGCAUGUAUCGAAAGACGGUACGCUCGCUCCUCGCGCCUUGGCUACAGUCAAGCCGUUACGGAGGGGAAGGGGACGUCCUCGAAACAACUACAGUGCCUCUCUUGAACCCAACCUAGCUUUAUCAUCCUCGGUCUCUGGCAAGGAGGUGGACACAUCGCUGGCGGACACACCUCCGAGAUCAGAGCUCAACAUAGGGAACAACCAUGGCUUUCAUCUUGAAAUCGAUGACAUCGAACUACUCUUACACUUUACCUCCCGACUGGCACGAGAUUUUGCCCCAUCAGGCGACCUGAAUGAUGCCAUGUCCCGGUUUUGGACGCACAAUGUAUCACAAUUGGGCUUGUCUCAUCCCUUCAUCCUAUACCUAGUCUUGGCUUUAGCAGGUUAUCACCUUCACUUCCAAGAGAAAGCAAAAGAUACGCUGCCGGAGGCACUCGCCACUUCGUCCCAACUUGUAAGCGAUGGUUCUACCCCGAACCAGGAUCGAUACCAAUCACUCGCCAGCCGCCACUUUCACAUGGGUCUGACAGGUCUCAACAAGACGUUGCGGUCAAUUGACGAGACGAACUGCGGGGCGCUCUACAUCGGCGCGACGCUGGUGUGCUAUUGCGCAUUUGCCGCGGGGCCGACCGCGGCGAACGACCUGCUCAUCUGUCAUACAAGAGGCUGCCGUCCGGGCGAGAUUGACGUUCGAUGGCUCCCCCUCACUCGUGGCGUGCGGCUCAUACGGGAAAGUUUUGCCACAGACGUAUUGUUCUCCGGUCUGCUGGCUGCUUUUGGGGGAAAGACAGCCGAAAGUGAAGAAGACCUUGAUGUCGUAGACGAUGCAUCACAGAACACGGAGGGAAAUGAGAAGCCCCGUGGCGUAGAUGUCCUCCCAACUUAUCUGCAGGAGGGUUUUGCUCGUAUGCAAUGGGAAAAUCAGUUCAAUUCCCUCCGCCAGUUGAUCUCGACAACUCCCUCUGCACUUAGGAAGGAUGCAACACCAAGCGAAAGGCUGGAAGUUCAACGCACCUCCCUGAAAGCCAUGGAAAACUUGCACCUAAGAUAUAGCGCAACAUACGGAAGGGAUCUUGACGGUAACUACGACGGCCCUCCAGAUGGCCAAUUCAUUCUGGGCUGGUUGUACCACUUGGAUGAAGACUUCGUCGCACAUGUACGGUCCAGGGAGCCUAUAGCCCUCCUGGUACUCGCGUACUUCACACCACUUCUCCACACGUUAGCUAAAUGCUGGUUCUUGCGUGGGUGGCCAGAACAUUUGUUGGUCCAGAUACGGCGAAUGUUGCAGGAGGAUGGUAGUGCCGCAGGUGAGCUUGAUCUGGCGGCUUGGAUAACAUGGCCAAUGGCGCAGAUUGGACUGACCGGUUAG